ACUCUGCAUCACCAGGGGGAUGACAGCGGCCUGCAGCGAGCCAAAACCACCAUCACUGUCUUGUAACCAUGCGUUUCAGCCACGACCCCGCCGCCUUCCAGCUCUGCGCAAACAUGUUCGAAAGCGAAGACUCGGGUUCCGCAGACGGGGAGCAAGUGACCCAGGUGCGCUCGCCAUGUUCAGGGCCCCCCAGCCCUCUGUCCGUGAACUCGGACUCAAGCUGCACCAGCCCCGAGGCCAAGUCUGCCUCAGCGCAGCAGAGAGUCAGGAGGCCCCUGAACGCCUUCAUCAUCUGGACUAAAGAGGAGCGCAGGCGGCUGGCGCAUCUUAACCCGGACCUGGAGAACACGGAUCUCAGCAAAAUACUCGGAAAAACCUGGAAGGCCAUGUCUCUGGCUGAGAAGCGUCCAUACAUGCAGGAAGCUGAGCGUCUGAGGGUCCAGCACACCAUCGACUAUCCCAACUAUAAGUACAGGCCACGCAGGAGGAAGCAGCUGAAGAAGAACUCCAAGCCUCCAGGUGCAGGUGCCUCCUCCUCCUCCUCCUCCACCCUCCCCUCGCUCUGCACCUCUGGCUUUAUGGUGCCUCCCAACCUCACCCACCUGCUCCAGAACCAGCAACCAUCCUUCCCAAGCACACCUGCUUUCACAAAUUCCCCAGUUAGCUUCACCCCUUUGCGCAGCAGCUACCCAAACACGCCAUAUUUUUCAGACCCAGCAGGAGCAGCUUUCCAAAAUAAGCCUGAGGUGUACCCAAACCUGCCUGCAUACUCUGCAGAGCCUGAGGUGUAUUUUGGCAGUCAACACGGGCACAUACAGUACGGUUUCCCCAACUCUGCAGGUCCCCAUGGGGAUCACGGGGAGUCCAGGGUUUAUGGGAGCCUGCUGUGUCCUGCUGGGCCCUCCCUGGAGUUUUACCUGGAACAGGUUCAACUGGACAUGCUCUACGAUCUGGACCGCAGUGAAUUUGAACAGUACCUGGGUCCAAACCCUCACAGGCCCGAGUCGGUUGAUCCCAGCAGCUACCAACAGCAGAGCAGCCACAGAGAGGGACGCUCGCUGUCGUAAAACUACUCAAGCUGGUGUAUUUAUUUAACUUAUUUCAGUGUGUCAUUUGACGCUGACUGCUGAAAGUGUAUAUGGCUCCUUUUGUUUUUGACAAGUUGUGUUCUUAAAUGACUGCUGUACUGUCUUUUAAUGUAAUUAUAAUGUAUGAAUAAAUAAUUAAA